AUGUUGAAAAUACGCGAGUUGCAAAAAAAGAGGCAGGAGGAGGCAGCAGCAACAGCAGCAGCGGCAAGUAAGUCGCCUACACCUCCAUCCAAUAACCCUGUGUUAUCAUCAUCGUCAUCGUCGUCAAUUUCGGGGUUUAAUCUCACGCCCAAGGUGGGUGCCGCACAACUACGUAUUCAAAAAGAUAUCUCCGAGCUAGAUUUACCUAGAACUAUAAAAGUCAGUUUUCCCGAUCCACUGGACGUUUUCCAUUGGAAAUUGAUCAUUAAGCCAACAAAUGGAUUUUACAAAAACGGCAAAUUCCAUUUCAAAAUAGAGAUAACCCAGAACUUCCCUAUUGAUCCACCUAAAAUUAAAUGUCUUGAUAGAAUUUACCAUCCAAAUAUUGACUUGGACGGGAACAUAUGUUUAAAUAUACUAAGGGAGGAUUGGUCGCCGGUAUUGAGUUUGAACUCGGUGUUGAUUGGGUUGAAUUUCUUAUUUUUGGAACCAAAUCCGAAUGACCCUUUGAAUAAAGAGGCUGCUAAUAUGUUGGUUAAAAACAAGCGUCAAUUUGAAAGAAAUGUCUACAAUUCAAUGAGAGGUGGAGCGAUUGAGCUGUUUUACUAUGAUGUGGUUGUUUAA